CACAUAACAUUUUCGGUUAUUUCUAACGAAGAAUAUGGCGCCGAGAAAACCAAAGGUUGUUUCCGUGACGAAGAAGAAGAAAGUAGUGGAAGAGACAAUCAAAGUAACCGUCACGGAAGAAGGAGAUCCGUGUGUGAUCACCGAGACAGCGAACGAUCAAGAGACGCAAGAUCUCACUUUCUCCAUUCCCGUCGGAGAAAACGUUACUACCGUUGAGAUUCCAGUGGAGGUUCCAGACGAACGGUCACUUCCCGUCGGAGAAAACGUUACCACCGUUAAGAUUCCGGUGGAUGAUCGAGAUGAAAGUUCACCUCAGCCGCCGGAGACUCCGGUGGAGGUUCGAGAUGAACCUUCACCUCAGCCACCGGAAACUCCCGCUUCCAAGAGUGAAGGCACUUUGAAGAAAACAGAUAAGGUUGAGAAGAAGCAGGAGAAUAAGAAGAAGAAGAAAAAGAAGAAGAGAGACGAUUUGGCGGGAGAUGAGUAUAGGAGAUAUGUGUAUAAGGUGAUGAAGCAAGUGCAUCCGGAUUUAGGUAUAACGUCGAAGGCGAUGACGGUGGUGAACAUGUUCAUGGGAGAUAUGUUCGAGAGGAUAGCGCAGGAGGCAGCGAGGUUAAGCGAUUAUACAAAGCGGAGGACGUUGUCUUCGAGGGAGAUCGAAGCAGCGGUUAGGUUGGUUCUGCCUGGUGAACUUAGCCGCCACGCUGUCGCUGAAGGCUCUAAAGCUGUUAGUAACUUCGUUGGUUAUGAUAGUAGGAAACGUUAGUUGGUUUUGAUUCCCUAAUCGUUGUAUCUUUUUUCGUGUAAUGUUUUUUUCAACUUGACUGUUAGUGUAAGGUUUAACUUAGAGAGUAUGGUUUCUAUAGUUGUAUUUCGUUUUAUGUUACAUGUUCUGUAGAAUAUAUGUUAUGUUGUUGAAAAUGGAGAUGGACUUGAUC